AUGUGCUCUCUCUCUCUCUCUUCCUCUUUCACGUCUGACCACACACAUUCGCACACCCUUAUUUUUUCAACACACACACAAGUCGAUCAAGUCUUCUCCCCUUUCUGUUUUUCGUGAGUGCCUUGCCCAAUAUGGACUGUCAAAGCUUACUGGGGGAAAGUUAAAAGCCACAGAAUUGCUUAACAACACCUGGGAGAGUAUAUCAUGCUCCCAACGUAGGGGUUAUUUCUGACAGUGCUUUGGAGUUUAAACCUGAGAGAGAGUUCACGAACUGUGGGGGAGAAAAAAAGGUGAAACUUUGGGCUCCGAGGAAGAGAUAUCAGGAGGUGGGGGAGGUGGAGGAAACAACCCCACACACUCUCACAUGCCGAAGACGGAGUUUGCUGGAGUUUGUUGCAGGGAUCCUUAUCUUGACUCCUCCUCAUGGAUCUUAGGAGAACCUCUAUCCCAAGGAAUCUCACAGAGUACAGCGGCUUAAAACAGACACAAACGCACACAGUGAACAGUUAGGACCUGAUUUUAGUAUGGAGGCACUGAGGGAAUCUUUUCUCCAUUUAACCUUCCAGAUGUCAUCCUACAAGCGAGCUACCUCAGACGAAGAGGAGCUGAUAGACACCACCCCUGAUGGAGUGUAUCAGUCUCCAACCGUGCAGGUGCUGGGGCAUGGACUGGAGACCAGGUGUUGGACUGAGCGAAGCCAUGUGGAGAAGAAGCUCCUUGUUGUGGUGUGCGGGCUCACGCUGGCAUUAUUCAUCUGCAUCCUGACACUGGGUCUGCAUUAUAAUGAGACACACCCAGGGCUGUGUCUGACUCAACCAUGUGUGAGUGUAGCGGCGGCUGUAAUGGGAGCUCUGGACCGCUCAGUGGACCCAUGUGAUGACUUUUACAGCUAUGCGUGUGGGGGCUGGAUGAAGAAAAAUCCACUACCAGAAGGCAAAUCACGAUGGGAUACCUUCAGCAAUCUCUGGGAGCACAACAUGGCGGUCAUGAAGAAUUUACUAGAGACCCAAGGUCAGCAGGGCCUGAGUAAAGCUCAACAGAAGGCCCUGAAAUACUACAAAGCCUGCAUGAAUGAAAUCAAGAUUGAGGAGCUGGGAGCCCGCCCCUUACAGGAGCUCAUCAACCAGACAGGAGGCUGGGCCUUGACUGGCCCCUGGGACAAGAACAACUUCCAGGAGGUUUUGCGCACCGUGUCCGCCAUCUACCGCACCUCCCCUUUCUUCACUGUGUUUGUCAGCACAGACUCCAAGAACUCCAGCAGCAACAUCAUCCAGGUUGAUCAGUCUGGACUGGGCUUGCCAUCUCGGGAGUACUAUCUAAACAAAACUGCCAAUGACAAGUAUCUCCACGCAUAUCUGAACUUCCUAGUAGAGCUGGGCGUCCUGUUGGGUGGCUCAGAGGAGACAUCUCGCACUCUGAUGCAGGAGAUUGUGCAGUUUGAAACCGCUCUGGCCAACAUUACGGUUCCCCAGGAGUUGAGAAGGGAUGAGGAGCACAUCUACCAUAAGAUUCAGGCUAAAGAUUUGGCAAGACUGGCUCCUGCGGUUGACUGGAUGCCUUUUCUCAAAGCGGUGUUUGCUCCAGUUGCUCUUAAUGACUCUGAGCCUGUGGUGCUCUAUGCAACGGAGUACCUCCAGAAAGUUUCACAGCUCAUUAGCGACACCAAUAAGAGCACACUGAAUAACUACAUGAUCAUGAAAGUGGUGAGGAAGAUGGUCUCCAUACUGGACCAGAAGUUCCAGGAUGCUGAGCAGCGUUUUCUUGAAGUCAUGUAUGGUGUCAAGAAGAGCUGCACUCCUCGCUGGAAACUGUGCGUCAGUGACACAGAUAGCGCGCUAGGCUUCGCCCUGGGGGCUCUAUUUGUCAAAGCCACCUUCGCUGAAGACAGCAAGGCCUUUGCUGAAAAUAUGGUCUCAGAAAUCAAAUGGGCCUUCGAGGACAGCUUGAAACACGUGAGCUGGAUGGAUGGCGAAACCAAAAAGGCAGCCAAAGAGAAGGCGGAUGCGAUAUACAAUAUGAUCGGCUACCCAAAGUUCAUCAUGGAUCCCAAGGAGCUAGACAAAGUGUUCAAUGAAUUUGAAGUCGUUCCAGACUUAUACUUCCAGAAUGUCAUGCAGUACUACAACUUCUCUGGCCGGGUCACAGCUGACCAGCUGAGGAAAGCCCCAAACAAAGAUCAAUGGAGUAUGACCCCACCUACAGUCAAUGCCUAUUACAACCCCACCAAGAAUGAGAUGGUACUUCCUGCUGGUAUCCUUCAAGCCCCCUUCUACAGUCACGCCUGGCCAAAAGCCCUGAAUUUCGGUGGCAUUGGUGUCGUUAUGGGUCAUGAGCUGACUCAUGCAUUUGAUGAUCAGGGAAGAGAAUAUGAUAAGGAUGGUAACUUGCGCUCCUGGUGGAAGGACACAUCAGUGAAGACAUUUAAGCAGCAAACCCAGUGUUUGGUGGAGCAAUACAGCAACUACAGCAUCAACAACGAACCGCUCAAUGGCGCGAACACUCUUGGCGAGAACAUCGCUGAUAACGGCGGCCUCAAUGCAGCUUACAAGGCCUAUGUGAACUGGAUACAGAAGAAUGGGGAGGAGGCUACGCUGCCCGCUCUGGGGAUGACUAAUCAUCAGCUGUUCUUUGUUAGUUUUGCCCAGGUGUGGUGCUCAGUGCGGACCCCUGAAAGCUCUCACGAGGGUGUAAUCACCGACCCCCACAGCCCCUCACGCUUCAGAGUCAUUGGCACCAUCUCCAACUCCCAUGAGUUCUCCAAACACUUCGGCUGUAAGGAGGAUUCGCCAAUGAACCCUAAGCGCAAGUGUGAACUCUGGUGAUCCCAUCACCACAGUUUGAUGCAUCCCAGGAACCUGUGCUUUGCUCUCUCGCAAAGCCCAGAGGACUUGUAUUUAAAUGUGUUUUAAAAUAGGGCUCGAUUGUAUUCUCAUUGGGACUCAAGAAAAUCUCUUACACUGGAAAGACUACUGUAUGUUUAACAUGGGAGAAAGAACUGGGGUUGUAAAUAUAUGCGCCUUUAUUUUUUUAUAUGCUAUUAUAUUUUACGAGGAGAUUAUUUCUGUUCUUCUUGUGUUACAAUGUUGUAUAUUUCACAGUUUGAUCACUGAAUCAUGCCAUGUGUCAUACAAUGUUAUUGAAUGUAGUUUAUUACCAUGAACAAGAAUGGGUUCAGUUUGCAUUUCAUUACCAAGAAAGCAAAUUCUAAUUAUUCCCUUUUAUUUUUUUUUAUAUUUUUUUUUUAGAACCAUAGUGUAUUGCAUAAGUAUUCACCCCCCCCACCCCUACCAUCACCACCACCAAAAUCUGUUCCACAAUUUGUAAUGCUACAACAUGCAAAUGAAAAGGACCUAAUUGGGAUUAUAUGUCAAGUUUUUAGCUUGCUUUAAAUAAAUAAUUUGAAAAAAAUUAAAAAGGCAUAUUAUUAGCA